AUGAGUAGAAGGCCGACAGCAUUAAAGUUCAAUGUGAACAAGAAGCUGAGCCAACUGAUGAAAGUCAUUCAGUUUUUCCAAUCUCAGCUUUCUGAACAAAAAUAUCAGAAAGAUUACUUAAAUAAUUAUUUCAAUCCACUAAUAAACGAAACUCUUGAUGGAUAUAGAAGUUUCGCAGCAAAAUCAAGUGAAGAAGUUGAAAAACAAGUUGGAAUUUGUAACGAAAAAAUUGAAAAACAAUUCAAAGAAAAAUUACUCACAUUACAAUCAGAUCAGAAAGCAUACAUUGAUGCGAAUCGGACAAAUCUAGCUAAAUUUGAAACAAAAAUUACUUCUGACGCUCAAGAUAUAUUAAAAGCGAUCGAAGAGAUAAAUAAUCAAUUUAUUAAUUGUCAAGAAGACGUCUCUAAGAUGGCUGAUCAAUACCCUCAACAGUUAAAUCAAAUUUUACAAACUGAAAAUGAAAAAUUUAAGGCUGAAGUAGAAGAACUUAACAAAGAGUCAAAACGUAGACUUGAUGAGCUUAAGGAAACCAAUAAAAAGAACUUACAAGAACUAGAAGAACAACAUCAAAAAGACAUUUUAGAAUUAAAGAACAGCAACGAUCCUUCUAACAAGAAAACGAAUGCAAUUAACAAGAAGUUCUCUGCAUUGAAGCAAAAAUGCCAAUCGUUAAAGGAUACAAUGGCAAAUUUGAAAAAUAAUAUUAAUGAUUUACAAAAACAGAAUUCAACAUAUCUAAAAGGUAUCAAAGACAAAGUAAGAGCACAAUCAUCAGAGCUUAGCAUGUUUGAAAAGGAGAAAAAGGCUAAAAAUGACAUGAGAAGAGAACAAAUUAAAUUAUUACUUCAAGACUACGAAAACAAGCAAGAAACACAACAGAACAUACUCAAAUCUAACCAAGAAAUGCAUAAAGAAGAGAUUGCUGAAGCCAGAAAGAACGCUAAAAAAGAAGUUGAUGAAAUGAAGAUAAAAUUCAGUGACGAAAGCCAGAGAAUAAGGAAUCAAUACGAUGAUUUAGAUGCUGCAUUCCAAUCUCUAAUUAAAAAGUACGAAGAGGAAUUAAAUAAAUUAAAACAAAAACAUGAAGCUUUUAUUGAACAAUCCAAUGCCAAACUGAAAGAUAAAUCAAAUGAAAUAGAAGUUAUGGUCCAAGAGAACCAAAAAGAGAUUCAAAAAUACCAAGAUGAAUUAAAUGCUCUUUCAAAAGAACUGGAAGACAAAAAAGCAGCAUUAAACAGUAAACACGAAGAAAACAUAAACAAAGAAAACGAAAGAUAUGAAAAUAAGAAGAAACAAAUUCUAGAAAAACAAGAUUUAUCAAGUCAAGGCAUGGAAAGCGAAACAAGAGAGAAAACAAGACAAUUAAAUGAGACUCUUAGUAAGAUUGAUACUCUCAGACAACAAUUUGAGAAAGAAAUCAACGAUUUCGAAAAUGAAACAAAUUCUAUCGCUGAAAAUCAAUCAGUUGAGAAUGAUUCUAAGUUUGUUGAAUUCUCUGAUUCAAAGAAGAAUGAAAUCGAACAAAUUAAACAAGAAAACAAGCAAAAAAUUGAGAAUUUAACAAAUGAUGAACAAAAUGAGAUAGAAAACCUAAAAAAACAACUUGAAGAUGAAUACAACAAAGCUAUUAAUGAUGUUCAUGAGAACGGAUUAAGUAAAACAGAGAUUCCUGAGUUCGUUGCCAAAUAUAAAGAAAUCUUCGACAAAGAAAACAUAAAAUUCAACGAUAUUGGUGAUCUCCCGCAAGAAGAUUUCUCAAUGCUCGACAGCGAGAUCAAGAUGCUCGAAAUGAAGAUAGAUGAACAGGCAAGACUCGAUGCAGAAGAAAAACAAAAAAUUAUUUCAGAUUUUGAGAAGAAGACGAUAGAAGAAAAUGAUCGUCAUAACAAGUAUAUGGAGAAUUUCCCACCAAAUCCUGAUGAAAAUUUGCUUAAAGAUGUAGAAAAGCAAAUUUCGAAUGAAAAACAAUUGAAAGAAAAUGAUGAAAAAUAUUGGAACGAUAAAAUAGAAAAUGAAUCAUCUACAUUCAAUCAGAAGAAUAGUGAGCUUGAAGAAAAGCUCAAAGAGCUCGAAGAUACAACAGAAAUCGACAAUCUAAAUAAUAUGAUUAAAGAUCUCAAAGAAGAGCUCGAAAAAUUGAAUAACGAAGCUAAUCUUUCAGUAGAAAUGCGUGCUGAAGAACAUAAAAAGCGUCUUGCCAAUGAAAAAGACAAAUUUGAAAAAUUAAAACAAGAUUUAGACGACCAAAUGAGCAAAUUGUAUCAUAAACACAACGAAGACAAAGAACAGCUACAGAAGGACUUAGAAGAAUCAGCAUCCCGUGAAUCUGCCGCCUUAGACAAUGCAAAAGAUUUGUCAGAAAAAAUGAAAUUGGCCGAGAAAAGAGAAUUCGAAAGAACUCGUGACCAAUUGAAGCAUGACAUUGAGGACUUAAAGAAGACAUUAUUGUCCAAUGAAGGAGGAAUCGGGAAAGCCCUUGCAUCGAAUUCCGCGAGAAGAAAGAGUGAAGAAAAAGUUUUAAUUGACGAAAAAGAAGAAAUUAUCAAAAAUAUUCUCAAAGAAUGGGAUGCAAUGAGAAUCUUUUACGAUGAAAAGAUAGAUGUCCUUCAGGGAAGAAUAGAAACGGCAAAGAGGAAGCUCCAAACAAUGAGUCCAAGGCCACAAGAUAAAGCAAUGAUUGAAAAACUGACGAAUGAUUUAUCUUUGGUUACUUAUCGAUUGAAGAACGCUGCUCUCGAGUUCAAGAAGGCAAGAGAACUGACAAUGACACAGGAAAAGGUUUACAAUGGUCAGUUUGGUCAGCAUAUGAAAGUUGGAGUCGCAUUACCCGUUUCAAAGUCCUCAAUGAAAUAA